AUGUUAUUUAACGAUGGCGUUGGGUGGGUCUGCGUCUUGGUCGGAUAUGGAGCCCCUUCGUUUUCUAAGCAACGUCGCCUCCUAGCACCAAGUGUCUCAUUUGACGCGGUGGUUGUCGAUAAUUCUACUGCGGAAUCACCGCCAUUACGAAAAAAAAAAGAAGCAGAGUGUGAGUUAAGCAAUCCUUCAGAGCCGCAACCUCGGCAUUUGUGGAAGAAGUUUCGGGGCGUGAAGUCUAAGAGGAGAACCGCAAAGAAAUUGCCUUUGGAAGAGCCGAUGGAUAAUAUCCGUAUUAUGGGAACAAAACCAAGGUUAUCCAUUAUGAGCGUGGUUUUGGCAAAAUGGCAAGGAGCAUUGCAACAGGACGACUGCCGGCUUAAAGUCUGA